AGACUCCCCUUUGAUUUUGCUGCCUUCUUGGGUUAUAUUAGAUUUAUGACUGGAAGUCAUUGAACAGCUAAGAAGGGAGAGGAUCAACAUGUAUGCAGAGGGGAAGAUCCAUUUCACACAUCAACCUGUUGCUGAACCUCAUCCACUAACAAUGAGACUAUCUAGGCGCCAUUCGACUAACACGUCGUUCUACAAUUCGAGCAAAGUCACUGGAUGAUGGGUUCUCCUCCUCCCUGAAGCCAUAAACCACUGACGGGAAACAUCCAUUACUGCCGGACUGAUGGCACGGAAGCGGCUGGUUUAACCGCCCUGGCCACCAGAUGGCGCCAGCACGAUGAUGGGCGUGGUCAGUAGUAGUCUUCCUCUCACGGCGACAUUUUUGUCAUUCCUGCUGAAGGGAAACGACCGCUCGCUUCUGCACCGCGGACCGAAUAUAUCGCCAGCACUUUGCCUCUCUCUCGCAGUAUUUCUCCAUUUGGACCAGUGACGCCUCAACACAGCGAAGAUGUUCUACACUUGUGGACCCAAUGAAGCCAUGGUGGUGUCUGGCUUUGGCCGUUCCCCUCCUCUGAUGAUUGCCGGAGGACGGGUUUUUGUCUUCCCGUGUAUUCAGCAGAUCCAGAGAAUCACUCUGAACACGCUGACGCUGAAUGUGAAGAGCGACAAGGUCUACACCCGCCACGGUGUCCCCAUCUCCGUCACAGGCAUCGCGCAGGUGAAGAUUCAGGGCCAGAACAAGGAGAUGCUGGCCACCGCCUGCCAGAUGUUCAUGGGCAAGUCGGAGGGUGAGAUCGCUCAGAUCGCUCUGGAGACGCUGGAGGGACACCAGAGAGCCAUCAUCGCUCACCUGACUGUUGAGGAGAUCUAUCAGGACCGCAAGAAGUUCUCCGAGCAGGUCUUCAAGGUGGCUUCGUCCGAUCUGGUCAACAUGGGCAUCGGAGUGGUCAGCUACACGCUGAAAGACGUCCACGACGACCAGGACUACCUUCACUCUCUGGGCAAGGCCAGGACAGCCCAGGUGCAGAAGGACGCCCGGAUCGGAGAGGCCCAGUACAAACGUGACGCAGUCAUCCGGGAGGCCCAGGCCAUGCAGGAGAAGGUGUCGGCUCAAUACAAGAACGAGAUUGAGAUGGCCAAGUCUCAGAGAGACUACGAGCUGAAGAAGUCGGCCUACGACGUGGAGGUCAACACCAAGAAGGCAGAGUCUGAAAUGGCCUACCAGCUUCAGGUGGCCAAGACCAAGCAGCGCAUCGAGGAGGAGAAGAUGCAGGUCCAGGUGGUGGAGAGGACGCAGCAGAUCAUGCUGCAGGAGCAGGAGAUCAGCCGCAAGGAGAUGGAGCUGGAGGCCAAAAUCAAGAAGCCGGCGGAGGCCGAGAAGUACCGUCUGGAGAAGCUGGCAGAGGCGCAGCGGCUGCAGCUCAUCAUGGAGGCUGAAGCCGAGGCCGAGUCCAUCAGAAUAAAGGGCGAGGCCGAAGCCUUCGCUCUGGAGGCCAAAGGUCGCGCUGAGGCCGAGCAGAUGGCCAAGAAGGCUGAAGCCUUCAAGCAGUACGGAGAAGGAGCCAUGGUGGACAUGCUGCUGGAGAAGCUGCCUCUGAUGGCGGACGAGAUCAGCAAGCCGCUGUCCGCGGCCCAGAAGAUCACCAUGGUGUCCAGCGGCGGCUCUGAGGUGGGAGCCGCCAAACUGGCCGGAGAAGUGCUGGACCUCAUGACCAGGGUGCCGGCGUCGGUGGAGCAACUGACUGGAGUGAACAUCUCCCAGGUGACCGGACGUUCUCUCCGUGUGCAUUAAGAAGUGCCGGCCAGAUCAGAGCUCCUCUUCUGUCGGUGCCGCCAUAACCACUGUUGUGACUCCACCUUUUCCCCCCAGUGUUUGUCUGUCUGUCUGUCUGUCUGUUUGUCUGUCUGUCCCUUCCUUCCUGCUCUUGCUGUCUUCACAGAGGCGACUUGACCAAUCUCUCCUCAGUAUAUGCAACUUUCUACUCGGACUGAACUUCACUCUUUUAUCUCCACGCCUCUUGGUCGUAUAUAUCAGAACGGUCUUUCGUGCCUUUCAGUGAAUCAAUGCUGGAGCUUAUGUUGGAUUGUGAAGUCUUGCUGUAGCGGCAUGUCUGUUAGCGUCCGCGAUGGAAUCCAGACUGACCUGGGAUCUGAAGAAACGUCUCUGUAAGUGUGAGGAGUGACUCGUUAAAGGAAGUCGUCGAACGUCGUCGCCAUAGAAGGAACGUUACUAACCAAAUAUACUGCUAGAAGAAACGCGCUGCCUCUUUUCUAAGCCAUCUGCUCGCGGGCUGCCGCGACAGCCCGACACCUCAUUACCGCCAAGUGCCUGGUUAUCGAGGACGCCGCCACUCGUGUUGCGUGACAGGGAGUCGCUCGCCAUUAUCUAGAACAGCUCUGUGGACGACUGUCGGUUUUAUUAUUUUAGACUAACAACCUUAGCUGUUGCAUGUUGAUCUUUCAGUCGACACCGUGGCUAGUCAAUGUAUAGUUUUGAGAGUUGAGUGUUACUCAGUAUUUCUUUUUGGAAAUGGACAAUAAAAUGAAGUUAAGACACAAAA